AGAGUGAGAAUACAAAAACAAACAAAUCUAUUUAAAAAGCAAUAGAACAUAUCCAUAUAUAAAUAUACACGUCUGUAUAUUACAUCUGUUGACAGAAUAUAUUCGACAUGAACUUAUAACAGAGUUGGAAUGAACAUUUAUUUAUUUCAGUGGAUACUUAUUUAAUUUAGGGAGAGGUAUUUAUAUUUUUUAUUUUUAAUAUAUUUAAUCACUUGUUUACUUAAUCAACCUAUUUUAUUAAUAUAAUUAUGACCCAGUUUGACAGUUUUUGUCCAUAAAUCCUGUAGAAAAACCAGAUUUCUUUGCAAUAAAAAGCAUCGAGAGGAUUAGCUCUUCGAACCUACUGACAGGUCUUUUACUUUGAAGGCCCCGCACAGAGGAUGUGACGUAGGGCGGAAGUGCCGCUGUGUGGAGCAGCAGAGCAGCAGAGACUCAAACACCAGAAACAUCAGCCUGUUUGUGUUCAAACUAGAGACAUUAAGGCGCUCAGAGAGCCGGGCCGAGCUGUAUGGCGGUGACAGUUUCCGCGGGAGGGCCGGCUCUCAUCAUGGAGAACGGACAGAGCACCACCACCAAGCUGGGCCUGCCGCCGCUCACCCCCAACCAGCAGGAGGCGCUGCAGAAGGCGAAGAAGUACGCCAUGGAGCAGAGCAUCAAGAGUGUUCUGGUCAAACAAACUCUGGCUCAGCAGCAGCAGAUCACCAGCCUGCAGAUGGCGUCCCUGUCGAUGGGUCUGGGCGACGCCCUGUCUCCCCUGCAGUCAGUAGCAGCUCAGCGCCAGAGAGCUCUGGCCAUCAUGUGUCGAGUCUACGUCGGCUCCAUCUACUACGAGCUGGGAGAGGACACCAUCAGGCAGGCCUUCGCUCCGUUUGGACCAAUCAAAAGCAUCGACAUGUCCUGGGACUCUGUCACCAUGAAACACAAGGGUUUUGCCUUCGUAGAGUACGAGAUGCCCGAGGCGGCUCAGCUGGCUCUGGAACAGAUGAACUCGGUCGUCCUUGGGGGCAGAAACAUCAAGGUUGGGAGGCCCAGUAACAUUGGCCAAGCUCAGCCAAUCAUCGACCAGCUGGCGGAGGAAGCGCGUGCCUUUAACAGGAUCUAUGUGGCGUCUGUCCACCCCGACCUCUCCGAUGAUGAUAUCAAGAGCGUUUUUGAGGCCUUCGGAAAGAUCAAGUCCUGCAUGUUGGCCCGAGAGCCGACAACCGGACGGCACAAAGGCUACGGCUUCAUUGAGUACGAGAAGGCUCAGUCUUCUCAGGAUGCCGUUGCCUCCAUGAACCUGUUUGAUCUGGGGGGUCAGUACCUGCGGGUGGGGAAGGCCGUGACUCCGCCCGUACCCCUCCUUGCGCCGACGACCCCUGGAGGUCUCCCCGCCGCCGCCGCUGUGGCUGCCGCCGCUGCCACCGCCAAGAUCACUGCUCAGGAGGCGGUGGGAGCGUCGGUGCUCGGGUCUCUGGCCGGACCGGCACUCCUCUCUCAGCAGCUGGGAGGACUUCCUCAGGCUGUCAUGGCUGCUCAGGCUCCAGGUGUCAUCACAGGUGUGACCCCGUCCCGACCCGGCCUGCCUCAGGUGGGUUUGGUGAACCCGGUGCUGGCUACCCCCCCGGCACCCGCAGCCUUGUUUGGCUGUGAGGUGAAGAGGAAAGAGGAGGAGGAGCGUCAGCAGGAGGCGCAGCAGGACGGAGCCACGGAGCCGCUCAGCGAGCAGGAGCACAUGAGCAUCAGCGGCAGCAGCGCCAGACACAUGGUGAUGAGGAAACUGCUCCGCAAGCAGGAGUCCACCGUGAUGGUCCUGAGGAACAUGGUCGGUCCCCACGACAUCGACGACGACUUGGAGGGCGAGGUCACCGAGGAGUGCGGGAAGUUCGGCCGGGUGAAGCGCGUCAUCAUCUACCAGGAGCGCCAGGGCGAGGAGGACGACGCCGACGUCAUCGUGAAGAUCUUCGUGGAGUUUUCGGAGGCGGCCGAGAUGAACCGAGCCAUCCAGGCGCUCAACCGCCGCUGGUUCGCAGGACGUAAGGUGGUCGCAGAGGUGUACGACCAGGAACGCUUCGACAACAGCGACCUGUCGGCGUAGAACUCGCACACACAAACACACAUAUACACACAUGCUCAGAACGUAGUGUAGUGGCCUCUUUCUACCUGUCAGUUUUCUAUCGCUGUUUGUCUCCGGAGGAACUUUUCUUCUUCUUCAGUCUGUUGCUGUACAGGGUUUAAAGGACCACACCGCCGUUUGUCAUGUUUUAACCACAAAUCACAAAGAUUUUCCAUUCCUGCUGAUCGUUUUCCAAAUCAACUCAUUUUGUAGGUAUUUUGUAUGAAAUCUGAAAAGAAAUCAGCUCUCUGUGUCGUCCAAUCGCAGCCCUGCUUCAGUUCACCCACAGCGUUCUCAAACUGAAGGAAACUGAAGCGUUCAGCGCUUCGACACUCGGCCAGUGACACCGAGUCUCCAGUGUGUCACCGUGGUUACGUCACUUUCUCCCUGAUUCAGCGUUUGAACGGACCGUUUUUCACACUUUUAGUAUAAAAACAGUGAAAAUAUUAAAAUUAGCUGAGAGACUGAAAACUCUUGUUGCUGCGUUCAGGGACGCUCUGACAUCUGAGCUUUGAGUCUUGUAAAAAGCUCAGCAGGAGUGAAACAGAUUUGAGCUGAAACAUGAACGCGACUGCGGUCCGGAUGUUACUUUACCUGUUUAGGUCCAGACAGCAGAAACAUCUGGAUGUUCGCCCGCUGACUGUGUUUAUGAACUGACUGCUGCUCCUGAACGCACCACACCAUCAUCCAAACUAACAGCGACUUCGGUCUGUCCUCGUGGCUUUGCUCUCCUGUUGAACGGGGAGAAACAGGCACCUGGCCGAAGCAGGUCGACGGUGUGUUCAGGUGUCACACGCAGAAAUAUGUGACUGAAACUUUAGUUUGGUUUUUUUCCAACACGUGUUUUUUCUUCUCUUGCUUUAAUCAUCUUGAGCUGCUGUUUGAUUGGCUGACAGUUUUAGAUCAGAGCGAAGCGUCCUCGGCCGCCCUUCGAUCGUCCAAACUAGCGUCCAGGUUCGAUGUGAUAAAGUAUCGUCGUUAAUGUCAGACGAUCAUUGAUCGUAUGUGAUUCGGAAGGCAGUGCAGUCUGGCCCAAUCCCGAUCUCCACGCUCGCCGACUUAGAGGCGGGGCUUAGGGCUGGGGCGGGUGCACGAGGGUCUCUGCAGACUGGGCUGAGGGACUAACCCUCAGUUCGUAGCGCUGUGACGUUAUACCGUUUCGGGCUCUCGCACUAACCGGGUGACGUCAGCUGCGUCUGCGAGGGCGCGGGGCUCGGGGCGGAGCUCGGGGCCGGGCCAGGGGUUAUAACCCUAACCCGAUGUUACUGAGACGUGACCAGGGAAUGGGCAGACCAGAGAGGGUCCGGGUGGGUGGGGCCUCUGUGAGUCAUGAAGGUCAGUUUGCGUUGUGGGUUUCGGACUCGUGUUUAUGACGAGAUUAACGUUGCUCCGUAAUGAUGAAUGAUGUUAAAACAGUUCCACAGUGUCGCUGUGUUUGACUCUACGUUGCCUUCGUCUCUGAUGUCGUCGGUACGGCCCCCGCAGACUGCUGCUGCCCCUCGCAGAGCCGCCUGCGGAGGACCCGCAGCUCACGGUGACUGUUUCCUGGGCGUCUGGAAACGCAUCAGCGCUACCGAAGCAUUCUGACCCGUUGAAUGAAAUAACGGACCGAGCUGAUGAAGAUGUUUCCUGUGUUGAGCUCUCAGGGCCACCGUAGUUUUCUUUAUUUGGACCCCAUCAGCCUCCACAGACUCGUCUUCAGGAGCUCGACACAAAAACAAAAUAAAAUCACACAACAUCAGCAAAACAAGAAAAGCCAAAUAUAAAGAUCCGGAAACAAGUGAACAUGGAAACACAGACAGCAGAAACAAACCUAAAGAAACCAGAGAUGAAUCAGCUUCUUGUGUUUGCUGCUGAAGCUCAAAAUGAUCUUUGUUUGUUUCUGUCGGUUUGAACAGAGCAGAGCGACUGGAGCUUUGUUUCAGGUUCAGCUUCAUCGGCAGCUGUGUGUUCACAGACAGGGAAACGGCAAACAUAUAUUUAUAUAUUUAAAAGGUACGAGAAACGGCAGUAACAGAUCGCUAACAGGCUGCUUCACCACAGGAGGUGGAGGCGAGGCCGUGAGCGUUAAACAGUGAUGAUACUCAGAAACUCGAGGUACUGUUCAGGACCAGGUCUGUGUCACAGGGCUGUUCUGACACCGGGGGCCCGGUGUUCAUGUGCCGGCCUGCGGGCAGAAACUGUCCCCCCGUCUGGCUCUGCAGCGCCUCCCAGAGGGGAGGAGGGGGCACAGGUUGAGUCCAGGCUGUGAUGGGUCUGCUGGGACGUUUCCUGACUCUGCACGAGUCCUGAACGGAGGGCAGGUCGGCACCGAUGAUGCGGUCCCGACUGUACGUUAGUCUGCUCCUGUCCCGUUUGGUGCCCGAUCCAAACCAGGCACAGGACAGACUGGAUUCAUGCAGAGCGGAACUGGAUCAGCAGCUCCUGAGGCAGGCUGAACCUCCUGAGCUGGAGCAGGAAGUCCAUCCUCAGCCGGACCUUUUCGAUGUUGGACGCCCACUUCAGGUCCCGGGAGACCGUGGAUCCCAGAAACCUGAAGGCUUCCACAGCAGACACCGUGCUGUCGGAUGUGGUGAUGGGGGGCGGCUCCUGAAGUCCUUCGGCUGCAGGUCGUUCUGACCGCAGCUGAGGGCCGGCUGUCCGGGACGAGGCCGAUGACCGUUGUCGUUGGGCGUUUUGGUUUGUUUUUGUGUUUUUCUCGCAGCUCUUCUGACUUGGUUGAAGUGGGCGGAGCUCAGGUAGAAAAAGGUGAUGUCACAUAUUUUCAUGCACCAAUCAGAGCUGAACAACAUUUGAACCAGAAUCCAGCCACAGUUUGCGAGUGUUUAACUGUUUUAAGUGAACACUAAAGAUGUUUUUUAUGCUUAUUUAUGAAUUAUUGUUAAAAGUGACAGUGUGUUAGAUGAUGCGUUAUCUUUGUAUGGAAGCUGUUCACACCUGCUGUAGAUUUCAUUUCAAAGGAGAAUCAAAGCAAACAGGAUGCGUUCAGACGAGUUCACUGGUUCCAGAUCUCGGACUCUCAGGCUUCACACAGUCUGCACCACCUUGUACGUGGAGGCCUGAAGGGAAUACCUGCAGACGUUAUUCAGGGCUGAAAACUCUGCAUGCUUUUUAAUCUUUGUUUUUAGUUAAAGUUAAUAUUCUCCUAAAGACACUUAAUAACGCAUCUGAAGUCGAGGUUACAUCACGAACAACACAACAACGAUACAGGAAGUCGUAUUUAUGAGUUGCCGUUAUUCUGAAAGUGUGAUGACCAGUUUCAUCAUUGAUUUGCCAGAUUGAUUUAAACCAUGUGACGUUCAGAGGAAGUGCAACCAACACACACACACACACACUUCUGAAACCUGCUCAUUCCCACCACUGAUGUGCCUUUGAGCACCGAGGCACUGAACCUCCUGCUGUUUGUCCUUCAGGUGUUAAACUGUGAAACUCCUCUGAAUAAAUAAAGGUUUAAAAACGAAAAACAAAAUCAAUUCUAAAAACA